AUGGAUAUCGACGACAUUCUCGCGUCAGUGGACCGCGGCCCAGGAGCCAGCCCGGAGUCCGCAGCGCUGGACCACCAGCUGCUCACGCGCUUCUGGGUAGCCGAACGCGCCGUGUCGGAGGUACUACCGUGGCCGGCGCCACUGAUGGAACGCAUAAUGGACCGCGUGCGGAGACAGAUCGAAACAAUCGAAGAUAUAGCCGCGUCGUCAGAAACAACCCUCCCAACAACCGCAAACACUCACAACCCCAACCUCAACCUCCGCCUCUCAAUCCUCCAAACCGACCUCGCCCGCAGUCAAUACAUAGUGCGCAGUCUUUUACGAGCCCGACUAGCCAAAAUAACAAAAUACAGCAUGCACUACCUAGUCCUGCUAGCCUCGCGCAACAAAAACCCCGCGUCACAGACACAAUCAACCGCCUCUUCACAGAACCCGAACCAGCAGCCCGAGGACUCCGUCCCGGAUAUAUCAGAGCUGACGGAUCUGGCGCCGCUGUCCGAGCCGGAAACUUCGUUCCUGCAUGCGCACCAGACGCUUCUGGCGGGCCACUACGCGGGCUCGUUUAUGGGGGCAUUCCCGCGGCAGCUGAGGCGGUUGGAUGAUAAUGCUGGUGGGACGAGUAUGAUCCAGGGGCCGGAGUUGAAGGAGGUUGUUUUUGUUCGGUGUCUUGGGGCGGAGGUUCCUGUUGUUGGUGGGGGGGAGGAGGAGGAGUAUGAGACGGGGGUUACGAUGCGGAUGGGGGAUGUUUGGGUUGUCAGAUGGGAAGGGGUUAAGGGGGCUUGGGGGAGAGGGGAGGUGGAAUUAUUGUGA